CCGAAAUGCUGCCAACUUAACAGCAGCAUGUUUGUAUUAAAUUUAAAAUUUGAACGUAUACAAACAUUUCUACAAAGUAUAAACGUUAAUUCAACUAAUAAUAGUAAGAGAAAAUGGAGCAUAUAACUCCAGCAAUACUAAAAGACAAAGAAGAAAGAGAAAUAUCUUCUGAAGAGCUGCAAAAAACGCUGCACAGCUGGUUCAAAGAUAAAGGCUUGCUGAAAAACUUGAGAUGCCAUUUAAGACUGCAAAUGAUUGAAAUCCUGAGAAACACAGCCGUGGGCAAAAACCUCGUCAAACAACCGUUUAAAACAGCAACACUGGCCCAACAAGCAAUCAACUUAAUUAUUGCAGAGUAUUUAAUUCGAAACAAUUGCCAUUACUCAUUGUCAAUGUUCACCACUGAAGUUUCACUGAACGGUGUCUUGCCACAAUGUUUGUUUGACAGUUCUAACAUGUAUCAAAAUUGGCAGUUUACACAAGAAAAUCUCAUUAAUAUCCUAGAAUUAAAUGGCGUUUCAAAGCACAGCCAGCAAUGUGAACAAAUACUAUCUUUGUAUUACAGUUGUGGGGGCAAUACUUCCCUUCUAAAUGCUCUUAUAAGGGCUCUAUGUGAUAUUUCCAACAAUGCUUUCAAUCCCAUAUCUGUGGCAAAUCAAGAAAUACCAGAAUCUACAAUAGAUAUACCAAAUCUUCCUUUGGCAAAAUUGCUUAGAAAUACAUUACAACAAACCCAAUUAUCGCCCAAAAUAAUAACACACAUAGUCACUUUGACUAAAAAACACCACGAAUUGGAGUUAUCAAGAAAAGACGAUGAAUUCAGCAAUGUUUUUAAAAGUUUACAGGAGAACUUGUACGAAAAAGACACAAAAAUUGCGGAAAUAUCGAAAUUAAAUGAUACAUUAAAAAGUAAAAUCAUCAAAAAGAUAAACGAAAAUAAAGAACUUAAAUUGGAUAUAAAUAAAUUGUUUGAAAAUGAAAAAGGCCUAAAAUCGGAAUUAAAGAGAGUACUUAGAACUUUGCAUGUACAAAAAAUGGAAAAAGUAACACAAACUGACCCUAUUAUUAUUGAAGUAACCAAAAAUGACGAUUGCAUAUUAAGCCACUGCAACGAUAUGUGUAAAGACGCUUUAAACGUAAUAGAAUACUUAAAACUAGAAAAUAAUAAACUAUCAGUGGAAAGUGCGGAACAAAGAAUGGAACUUUUGAGCUUAACUUCCAAAUGCAACCAGUUGUUGGACGAUUAUAACACUGCGCAGACAAAACUAACCUAUUUAACCUCGAAAAUAAACAAAAAAAACGAUUUAAUCAAUAAAGAAACGUCCCCAUUGCCCAGCAAUAAAACCAGCGCGUCGGACAUUUUUGUGGACGAAAGGCUUGAAACAUACAGUAGCUGUGACAGCAUUACUCAAGACAUACUUUUAAGGGCAAAACAAAAGUUAAAACAACUAGAAAUGGAAAGCAAUGAAAUAGACACAAGAUUUAAUAAAUACAUUAAUUUAGCAAAGACGUAACCUUUAUUUACAAUUUAUCGUUAAGACUGUAUUUUUCUCUGGUAAUAAAAUGUUGAACUCA